AUGGCGGGUACAGAUAACAGCAGUCCCGACAAUCCGGAUCAACAGGUUAUUUCGCCUGGGGCCGAUUCUACAGUGACAAUGAACCAGGUCGGUGAUGGUGUACAUAGCCCCCUUCAGGGGAACGAACUGCGCGAGAAGCUGCGACAGGCGGAGGACAGCAACAGACUGCUUAGGGAAAGGAACGAACUGCUGUCACGGUCGCUGGAGGAGAAAACUGGGAUACUGGACACUGUGCAAUCAAGUGUGUCUACCGCGAAUGCAGAAUUGAGAUCUGCGAGGGAGCAAGUGGUCGAGUUGCGGCAGCGGCUAGGGGAAUCCGAGACGCAACGUUUCCAGUCAGAGUUGCAACGGGACCGGCUCUCAGAACAACUGAAGCAGGGGGAACGGUACAUUAAUGCAACGAACGGAAGGUUGCUGGAGUCCACGAAGAAAUUGCUGGAUUUUCAAAGAGACGACCGUCAGGUAGGGGUGAUCCGUGGGAAAUUGGACCAGUCGCUAUCCGAGAUCAAAGCGUUAAGGGACAGCAAUUCAGCGUUACUGGAUUCCUUAGAACGCAUUAACAGGGAACUGACCGACAAAGCGGCGCUAAACAAGACACUUAGUGACCAGUUAUCCUCGCAAAGGCACGAUUUUGAAAGAGAAUUAGCAACAAGGGAUAAGUUGAACGCAGUGCUCAAGAAACAGGUGAAUUCGCUGCAUUCAGAAUUGGGCAAUGGGGGGGAGACCCCUGCGCAUGCAGAACCGAACGAUCAAUUCGCCAAACAGUCCUCACAACACGAGGAGGAAAUCUCGAACUACAAAGAGCAAGUUGAAGAACUUCUAGGAAUACUCGGGCAAGGCGCACCAAGCAUAGCACAUCUUAGAAAGCUGUUGUUGAAGGAAAGGAAGGAAAACGUCUCUUUGAAGAAACAGAUGGAGAGCUUUGUCAUCGAACUGGAACAUAGAUUACCGGGGCUACAGAUUCUAGAGAAACAAAAUAAAGAAGUGCAACAAAAGUUGCAUGCGGCGACGAACAAAAUGAUCGAAGAAUCGAAGGCCAAGAUUAGGACACAACGAGAACUCUCCUCGUCUCGCCAGAAAGUGGACCACUUGAACCAAAUUUUUCACAAGCUGAGAGUACAGAGAUCAGACUUAGCCCACCAGAUACAGUUCUUACUAACGGUGAAUUCGUCAGACACCGUACUACCACCUUCGGAACUGUCAUUUAUCAAGACAAUCAUUGAAAAUGAAAACUGGGACGCGUACAAGGACUCGCAAAGGAUCGUAUCCGACAGACUUCUCAGAUUCGAUAACAUUCCAGAACUGCAAGAGCAAAAUAUGAAAUUAGUCUCCACAGUACGAUCACUCGUGGACAAGGUGGAAAGUUGGGAAGCGGAUAAUGAUUCAGGGUUGACUCUCGAAGCUGCAAAAUUACAGAUAUCCAAACUGGAGCAGUCCAAUGCACAGUUGGAAUCCGAGGUUAAGAAUUGGGAAGCUUUGAUGGAAACUCUGAAGGACGGUGACUCGCUAGAUAGCAAGAUCAAUGUCACAAUGGUCGAACAACAGAAAAAGAUCGAAGAACUAGAGUCAAAGCUAACAGAUGUAGGCGAAUCUCACGUGCAAAAAAUAAAUGUACUGAACAAGACGAUAGAUCGGAACCAAAGCACCAUCAACAUGCUAAACGAACAGAUAAAAAAUACAGUUAAGAGUGACAUGAAUGCUAAGUCUGAACUUAUCGCGUGUAAACGGGAAAAUUUAUCGCUUACACAGCAAAUAUCUACCAAGCAAAAUGAACUAGAUGAGCUCAACUCCAAAUCGGCCCAAAAGGAACGCGACUACCAACUGAAGAUAGCAGAGCUAUCCGUAGCAGCAAACAAGUGUAAAUCCUGGGAAAAUAGUUUUCAUCUUUUGACGGAGGAGAAAACUCAAAUGGAACAGAAACAACGCUCGUUGUUCGACAAAAUACAACAGGAGUCUAAAAAAUUAUUACAAUUAGAAACCAGAAAUAAAGAGCUGGAGGUGAAAAUCUCGGGUAAAGAGCUACACAGGAAAAGAUCAGAGGAGACGCUGUCUUCCAAAAUUACCUUUUUGUCCGAAGAAAACAAAUCAUUGCAUAAUGACCUUGCAUUCAAAGAGGAGGAAGUAAAACAAUUUAUAGAAAAGUCUGAAAAACAGAUCAAAUGGUACCAACAAAAUAUUGAUGAAUUAUCAGAGCAAAACAAAAACAAAUCAAAUAAAAUAAUCGAACUGAACGAUAAACUGAGACUACUAAGUGAGAAAUCCUUAUCAAACAAGCCUUAUCCGGUUGGAACAGAAUUAAAAGAGUUGCAAAACGAACUGAAUGGAAUGAAAGCAGCUUUGGAGGUCUCAGAAUCUCAGGCCACCUUGUACAAGGAUACGCUGGAAAGAAACCAAAACUUUUACAACAACUCAACAUUGUCCUUCCAGAACACAAUAUCGGAGCUACAGAGCAAAAAUGAAGCACUUUCAAAGCAACACGAGACAUUACAAAAUCAAAUAACUGAGACAGAAAAUCAGUCGAAAGGAAUUCAAUUGGAACAUCAAACGAUAAUCGACCGGUUGACUUCAGAAAAGACGGCAUUGGAAGAAAAGCUCAACUCACUUUCCCAUUCUGAGGAAAAGAUUGCGGAAAUGAAAGGAGAAUACGAUGCCCAAAUUCAGAAAAUUGAGAGCAACCUGAAAAUACAGAGUGAUACAAGAUUGAAUUUCGAAUCUGCACUUACUUCGAAAGAAAAGGAAUUAACCUCCUACGCUGUUCAAAUUGAGCAACUAAAUACUGAAAUUGCGAAAUUGAAUUCUGACAUCGCGGCACUAACUGAACCGGCAGAAGCUAGAAAAACACUCAUCAAGGAAAGAGACAGCCUUGGACAAGAACUCAAACUAGCAAAUCAAAGAAUCGAAAGUUUAGCAGCGCAGAAUUCUAUUUUGUACGAUACUUUCUCCGGUAUGAGACACGUUGAUGCAGAUGCUGAACCAAACGAAGACUUGAGAAAUUUGGUCAUAAACUUGCGUAUAGAGAGAGACAUGCAUCAGAGCCAAGAAACUACAGCACAGCGUGACGUUAAACUGUUGAAGAAGAAUUUAAAGGAAAUAACUGAGAAACUAGCUAUUACGUGCCCAGAAAUUGACGAACCUACUAAUACAGAAAAGGAUGAUUUCUCCUUAACUGUGACGCAUGAAAAAAUUAUGAGAGAAUUGGAAGGCCUGACCAACACCAAGGAGGAAAAUUUGUAUCUAGAUGAAUCGAUAAAAUCAUUGAACGAAGAUAAGCGUACUUUACAGGAAGAGGUCAGCAGGUUACGUGAGAGUGAGGAGUUGGCGAAGAAAAACUCCAGCGCAAUCUCCGAACAAGAAUGGCAACAAAAGAUUGAAACGUAUCAGCAAGAAUCUGAAAAAUGGAAACUAAUGUGUCAACAGAUGUCUGAAAAUACGGCAACAGAGAUUCAAAAUCUUCAACAACAGUUAGAGACUUUCAAAGCUGAUAUUCAGUUAAAGACACAAGAAAACGAUGAUUUAAAUGAUAGGUUUACAAGAUUAAAGAAACAAGCGCAUGAAAAACUGAAUGCAUCAAAGGCCACAUCAGAUUCCUUAGCUAUUGAACUAUCUGAACUGAAAACGGUCAAUGACGCGUUACAAGAAAAGCUGAAUAAUCAGGAAACGAAUUCGGUUGAUUCUGAAUCUAACGCUGCUCUAAUCUUGCAACUAAAAGAAGAGAAUAAACAAGCAAAGUCAUUAGAGUUAGAGUUGAGACACUCUGUGGACUCUUCCGAAAAGUUGAUCGCAGAUAUGACCAAGGAGCUUACCACAUUAAAGGAGAAUCCUAUUCAAGGCUCAGUGAAUGUUGAAGAUUAUACUCAUAGAUUAGAACAGCUCAAAUCAGAAUUCGAAGAUGAAAAAAGAGUUUUGAUCGAGAAGACAACAUCGGAACUUACAGAACGUUUUGAAAGGGAAAAGAAAGAACUGAUGAACAACAAUGCCAACUUAGAAGAGCUGCGGAAACCGUUGGAGGAAGAGUGGGAGAGGAAGACUUUGCAAAGAAUAGAGGAAGCCAAAGAGAAUUUGAAGAAACAUAUCCGGCUUCCAACGGAAGAAAAGAUCGAAAGGGUUAUUGCGAAAAGGAAGGCUCAACUCGAAGAACAAUUCCAAACGAAAGUUGCAGAGCAGGCUAACCUACUGAAACUAUCCGAACUCUCAAAUAAAACCGCUGAUGAGUUGGAAAAGGAAGUUCGGGAAGAGAUCAAGACAAGGCUAGAGGAAGACUUUGAGUUGCUGAAAAAGAAAGCAUUUGAGGAAGGGAGACAGCAGGCGUCCAUGAAGACAACAUUGCUAGAAAGGAAGAUAGCUAAACUCGAGGCGCGGCUACAAGGUGGGACCGGACCUUUGAAGUCUGCCAAUGGGUUGAAUAAGAUCAACAUCGACAGUCCUCUAAUGGUUGCUGGCCCACUCACAAAUGAACCUGUUUUGGACGAGAAGCCGAAUGCUUUCGCGGGGGCAACCACCACCACGAUCUCACAACCCACUUCAACUACUGCAAAGGACUCUGCUAAUGCCUUUUCGUUCAAUGCGCAAAAGGUGCCGGCCCAGCCUGCUUUCAGCAGCAGGGCACAACCUGCGUUCUCGUUUGGGUCGUUCAACAAGACUUCAUUCUCGGAUCUGUCCCACAAGAACAGUGUCGGAGCUGCCUCGGGGACUCCUUUCAGGUUUGGUUUUGCCAGCAAUCCACCAACUCCUUUUCAAAACACAGCAGAGAAUGGUACGGACGCCAAAAGGAAGUCACAGACAGAAGCUAGCAAGGAGGUAGAAGAUAACAAGAGACCUAAGCCUUGA